UUAGCCUUUUAAAAGACGAAUCGACCGUUACAAUAUUCUUCUACACAACAACAGAUCGAGCAAGUAUAGCUCCUGGCUCAGUUAUAUCCUUGCUGCUAUUUUCAUCACUUUUAGGUUUUCCACGGAGAGGUGAUCACCAGAAACCAUGGCGGCGGCGGCGACUGGAUCGUCUUUUACGGAAGAAGAGAUGGUAGUCGACGAUGGUCUUGGAUACCCCAAGUUAUAUGCAAAGCUCUGUCGAGAUCCCCAUCUCAGUCCAUACAGUCAUGGCCCUCCCUUCACUUUCAUUCCUUAUAGUUUUCAGCAUCAAGAGGAUUUGAGAGUGAGGGAGUUAGACCAGAUGUUCCCAAUAAUUGACCCUGAAGCUAAACCUUCCACGAAGUCUAGAAAUUAUGCGAGUCUCCUCUGGAAGCAACUCAACCACCUUGGGAAUGCUGGGUUCGAUCCUGAAAUUUUUCGAGUGGACCCAUAUGGCAACGUUCUGUAUUAUCAUGCUGAUUCGGCUUCUCCACUUGCUUGGAAUAUCGAUCAUUGGUUUCCUUGCUCAAGAGGAGGACGGACUGUUCCUAGCAAUCUGAGGAUACUACAAUGGCAAGUAUGUAAAAAGAAGCAGAACAAGUUGGAAUUUCUCGUUCCCUGGUGGGAUCUUCAGCUGGGGAUCUCUGUAAACCAGUUCCUUAACAUAUUUGCUUCUUCCAAUUCUGAUUUCAGGUACAGAGCAUUCUCCUUUUUCUUCUCUGAGGGCGAGAGUGAAGAAUUAAAUGAUUCACAGACAGUACAGUCACAUACUUUUCCAAAACAUUUCGUUGAGACAAGACGAAAAGUAGGCCUUGCUCCAGCUGCCAUUGUUUUAUCUAGGGGAGAGUCUUGCGAUGCAUCAUCGGCAUUAAGAUCGUUCGAUCUCAACAGACGAAUCAGGCCAAACUCCCCUGCAAAUGCUUCAAGGAAACACUUGUCCGACGGCGACAAUCAGUCACACUGCUACUCAAUUCAGAGAUUCAGACCAAGUACAUCGAAGGAAAAUGAGAAUCCCAACAUUGCUUAUAAUCCAUAUAUGGAAAUUGCCAUGGCCAGGGACUCUCUGAAGCAGAAGGGAGAGGCAGAAAAUAUCCAAGCAGAGAUACGAACAUUGGACGAGGAAUUGCAUGAAAUGAAGCAGAAGAAUGAUGUAGAAAGGGUUGCUCUACAAGACUUGGAACUGGAGCUAAUAAAGCGUAGGAGGAGAGUCGAGAAGUGUAGGCGUCUAGCAGAUGCUCAGUCCUCUUAUAGAGCUAUGAUAGAGAAGAUGAUUCGAGAUGCCAUGCACCAGAAUGUUGUUUAUAAGGAACAGAUUAGAUUGAACCAGGCUGCAACUAGUUCCCUGAUGGCAAGACUCGAAGCUCAGAAAGAACUAUGUAAUUCUUCGGAGAAGGAACUCCACAUAAAAUUCAAGCAAAGAAACGAGAUUGAGAAACAGAUCAGACCUCAAUGGGACCAAGCAAGGAAGAGAUCGAGGAUUGAUGAUGCUCUUUUUUAUGAAAAAGAUGAUAAAACCCCAUUUUACUUACCUAGAAUCAGGCCCAGGAGGGAGGAGUAUUCACAGAAGGAAUUGCGAGUGUUCCUUGAGGAAGAGCAGAAUGCAUCUGAAGCAGGGUUAUCUCUUGAUGAAGAGAGAAAGCAAGAAGUUGACAAGGAAAAAAAUGAAUUGUUCAAAGGUAUUAAUAGAGAGAAGGCUGAGGACCAAAAUAAACCCAUUUCCGUGGUGUGGGAUGAGAUACCUAUUGGGGAAAAGCUUCAAAAGUUAGAGAUUGAAGAUGAAAGGAAGGAGAAGAACAUGCGAUUCUCUGUUCUUCGGAGCCCUGACAGAGAGGAGGAUGAAGAAUGCAGAAAGAAACGUGGAAAGGGGAAUGUAGAGAAGUGGCUUCAAAUGCUGUUAGACAACACCGAGCAAGGAUUGACCGUGAACUCAUCACCUCCUCAAAAUGUGGAUGAAAAUGGGACGAGCAAGACUGAGGAAUUGAUAAGAAAGAUGAACCUCAAGAACCCCCAGAACCAGGAGGUAAAGGUUUUGCAGUUUCCAUCAUCAGAAAACAAAUUAGAUCUAAAAUCACCAUUCCAUGAAGAUACUGGGGUACAAGCAGUCCAGCAGAGAGAUUGUGGAAAGAGAAAAGAGAUUGUAGAGAAGGAAAAUGGUGAAAUUUUGUGUGAGAACACCAAUGCAAGAGAAGUGGGUAAUGUAGGUAAAGGUGUUGGAGGUCGUGAGAAGAGUGGUAAGGAGAAGGGGCUUGUGAGGAGUGAGAGUGCCAGGGCCUUCAGGCCAUUCCCAUCUUCUCCCUCUGUGAUGUUGGGAAUGAAGAAGGGAGUCGAUUGCAUGCGGAAGAAGCCGAUUGUAAUUGAGUCUGAUGAAGAUGGAGAAGAGGAUCGUGUGGCAACUAACAAUUUCAUCAAAUCAUCCAUCAAAACAAUCAAGAAGGCUGUGAAGUUAUGAAAGUAAUGAAUUUGUUACUUUUAAUUAAGCAAGCAGGAAAGAUGUGAAGAAGUGAAUUUAGAUUAUGAAAGCCUUUUUUUUUUUAAUAUUGAUUUGAAAAUGGUAGCUGAUAACUACUUUAGCUAAAUAAAUGCUUGUGAACUUUCUUAUCUUGUAUCUGUAAAUAACUUUGUAUUGUGCUAAUUGAUUUAAGAUGUUCUUAUGAAGA